GUCCCCAAAAUUUUCCUCUUCACAUUGUGUAGGAGGGCAGUGCACACCUAGAACGCUGUUUAAUUGCUACUGCUGGGGUCCCCUCCCUCAUUGGGCGUCGAAGCUAGUGAAGGAUGGCCACUUGUCUGCUGCCUUGUUCCACUUCGCGGCCAAGCGUUUCUCGGCCUGACCUCGACUUCCGCUCUGCCAUUGCGAAAUUGCAGACUUUCCAUAGGAAAGGGGCCAGAGCCACUGUUCGCAAUGCACCACUGCGCGCUGUCGCUCAGCAGAAGCUGAUGUGGGAAGCCCUUCGUGAGGCUGUCGACGAAGAGAUGGAGGCAGAUCCCACAGUCUGCUUGAUGGGCGAGGAUGUGGGUCACUACGGUGGCUCCUACAAGGUCUCUUAUGAUCUGCACAAGAAGUAUGGAGACCUUCGUUUGCUGGACACCCCCAUCUGUGAGAACGGCUUCAUGGGCAUGGGCAUUGGAGCUGCAAUGACUGGUCUCAGGGUGAUCAUUGAGGGAAUGAACAUGGGUUUUCUGUUGCUGGCGUACAACCAGAUCUCCAACAAUGCUGGCAUGCUUCAUUAUACGUCUGGCGGACAGUACAAGGUGCCCGUCGUGAUCAGAGGGCCUGGUGGUGUGGGGCGGCAGCUGGGUGCGGAGCACAGUCAGCGCCUGGAGUCGUACUUCCAGUCCAUCCCAGGCGUGCAGCUGGUGGCCUGCUCAACAGUUGCCAAUGCCAAGGCUCUCUUAAAAUCGGCAAUCCGCUCCGACAAUCCUAUCAUCUUCUUUGAGCACGUCCUACUGUACAACGUUAAGGGGGAGACAAAGGAGGGGUACUACCAGCCCUUGGAAAGGGCUGAGCUGGUCAGGAGCGGCAAGGACGUGACCAUCCUGUGCUACUCGCGCAUGCGCUAUGUCGUCAUGCAGGCAGUGCAGCAGCUGGAGAAAAUGGGCUAUGACCCCGAGGUGAUCGACCUCAUCAGCUUGAAACCUUUUGACAUGGAGACCAUCAGCAACAGCAUCAAGAAGACCCGCAAUGCAAUCAUUGUAGAGGAAUGCAUGAAGACUGGAGGAAUUGGUGCCUCCCUGUCGGCCAUCAUCAACGAGUCCCUCUUCGAUGAGCUCGACCACCAGGUCGUGCGCCUGAGCUCACAGGAUGUCCCCACGGCGUACGCAUAUGAGCUCGAGGCAGCCACCAUUGUCCAGCCUGAACAAGUGAUUGAGGCUGUCCAGCGUGUUGUUGGCGCUGCUGUCCCUGCAUAAAUUCCGGUUCCUGCACAGGUUACACACUGAUCUUUUCCAUGCUCGCUCAAUAACAGGUCCAUAAGCCGCAGCAGGUCUUGCCAGACCAGCAAGGUGUCAUCUGGCACGGUCCACUGAGAGGGCCUUGAGGGGAACUUUGGUGUGGCAUAAAGAAACGCUACUGGGAACACCAUAACUCUGGUGCAAAUGUUGCCAUUCUCACGCUUUCCAAAAUGCACUUGCCUGUAUGGUGAGUGCUUGUGCAGCGUCAGCACCGUUCUCUUGCUGUCCUUUGCGUGCCCUGUAGCUGCAGGGCUGGCUCCAGAGAAUUUGCGGGUUUUUAAGAAAAAAUCCGAGAGGAGAGAGAGGAGACACUGUAUUAUGCUUUUCAUGAGGGAAGUAAUUGUGGUUCUGUAUAAGCACUUUUAGUGUCCAUCUUCACUCUUCCACAGCGCCAGCUGUGAGCUCGUGACUUGGGUUGCAACCGCUGUGCUGGGUAGCUGAGCUGCGCCUGCAGGAUGCAGUGACUUCAUUGACAGAUCGGCCAUUGCAAUGCUUGAGGGUUGUCCAGAGAGCUGAUGUAAAUUUCUAUAUGUAUUGACAA